CGGGAGCGGAGGAUUGCAGCCCGCCCCUUGUUCACCUCCAGUUCCUCCCUCUCAGUCACUCCCAGAGCUGCCACCCGUCCCGAGCUCAACACGGCUGGGUAUGUCCAGCCCCGACGGUGUGAUAAUGUGAGUGGGAGUCCCUGGGACACAGAACUCGACACUGUACCGAUGCCGACACACUGUGUGUUUCUAUGUGAUUAGCAGAGGCUGUAUUUGUGAAGUGGCUUUAUCUAAAGUCUAACAGUGUGCUUUGUGACCCGACCUCAAUCUCGCAAUGAGUUCAUCUGCUAUAGGAGCCUUCACCCUCGUCCUGUUGCUGACUUUGGCGGAAGGUGUGAGAGGGACGACACGGAAGAGUAAAAGGACACCUGUGCCUCAGAUAGACUGUGAUAUCAGAGCGGGCAAGAUAAAGGUGUCUGAGUUUGUAGCCCGGUGCCCACCAGGAUGUCUGGGCACGAAGCAGGCCGUGUGGGGCACCGACAUCUAUGCAUCUGUUUCCAGUGUGUGUGGAGCAGCUAUUCACAGUGGUGUCAUCGAUAACAGUGGAGGAAAGAUUCACGUGCGGAAGGUGCCCAGCAGUUCCAGUUACAAAGGGACAUUCUCCUAUGGUGUUCGAUCCCUGUCGCUCCCCAGGUGGAGAGAGUCUUUCGUAGUGUCAGGGCCCAAACAACAGAAAGGAGUGACAUAUCCAUCAAUCCUUGAAUUUCUGCCUUCAAGAUCCUCGAGAAUCAGGACCGGGAAGAUGAAGACCACCAGUGCACCAGUUCCCAUUACCACAGCCACAACUCCUGAACCAACCAGCAGCACUACCACACGGCAGGCUGGAGCACCUCAGCAAGUUAUACUUGAAGCCACCACCAAACUUCCUGAGCCAAGGACCAUCGCACCAGCCAGCACCUCAGGGGAGCCUACCUCCUCUCGGCCGUUCCUGUUUGAAGUGAGGGAUGCAGGUCACUUCCUCCCUCCACGUAGCAGAGAGCAGCAAUCAGGAGUCCACCGCCGGGAGUCAGCCAUCGCGCUGCACAGGACGGGCAGUUUGGGCACUAGUCUCGCAGCUAACGGUGAGCUUGCGACUAACCCUGCGUACAGCUGGACUGAUGUGGAGACUUACGACACCCCAGGUUACAGCUCUAAGCCUGGACUAUCAGACUACGAGAAGUGGGUCCUCAGCCUUGGGGACAGCAGUCAAAGAGUCCAGGAUCCAGGUUUGUGGAAGUUUGACUCUUCAGAGCCUGGUCAAAGACUUGGGCUCAGAGGAAGUAGACCAUGGGGAUCCAACUCAGAUUCAGUCAAGACACAAAAUUACAAUGCAGAUGAAACAGAGAUUAAUUUUUGGAAGUCUGACUUUGACACAAGAGGUUUCAGCGCAAAGGACCAAGAUUUUACUGAGGAGCCGAUUUCCCGGGGAGAUCCAAAUUGCAAGAUUGACCUCGCAUUCCUGGUGGAUGGAAGUUGGAGCAUUGGGAGGCGAAGAUUCGGUAUUCAGAAGAAGUUUUUGAUGAAUAUUGCUCAAGCCCUUGAUAUUGGAGUAGCAGGCCCAUUGAUUGGCAUCAUUCAGUUUGGGAACAACGCCAGCACUGAGUUUAACCUACAGACUUACCGAAACUCUCACGAUCUUAAAAUUGCCAUCGAAAAGAUUCCACAGAGAGGUGGCCUCUCCAAUGUGGGGAGAGCACUCAGUCAUGCCCUUGGGAACUUCUUUUCCAGUGAGCAGGGAAACCGCGGAGGAGCCCCCAACGUGGUGGUGAUCCUGGUCGAUGGGUGGCCCACGGAUAAGGUUGAAGAAGCUGCUCGCCUCGCCCGAGAGUCCGGCAUCAACAUCUUCUUCAUCACCGUGGAAGGUGCAGACCAGAGCGAGAGGCAGAACAUGGUCGAGAGAGACUUUGUGGACAAGUCUGUGUGCAGGACUAAUGGUUAUUUCUCCAUCAAUGUGCCCAGCUGGUUUAAGCUGUACCAGGCAGUGGGUCCCCUGGUGAAACGGGUAUGUGACACCGGGCGGCUGGCCUGCAGCAAGACCUGCCUGAAUUCUGCUGAUAUCGGCUUUGUGGUGGAUGGCUCGAGCAGUGUGGGCACCGGCAACUUCCGCACAAUCCUGCAGUUUGUGGCCAAUAUCAGCAAGGAGUUCGAGAUCUCUGACACAGCCACAAGGGUCGGAGCCGUGCAGUAUACCUACGAGCAGAGACUCGAGUUUGGCUUUGACAAACACAGCACCAAAGAGGCGAUAGACACGGCCAUCAAGAACAUCAGGUACUGGAGCGGUGGAACCAGCACUGGUGAGGCUAUCAGCUACGCAUUGAAGCACCUCUUCAGCAAGUCCAAACCCAACAAAAGGAAGCUUAUGAUUGUCAUCACGGAUGGAAGAUCUUAUGACGAUGUUCGGGCUCCAGCACUUGAUGCUCAGAGAAAUGGUGUGAUUGCAUAUGCUGUAGGGAUUGCCUGGGCAGCGAUGGAUGAAUUAGAGUACAUUGCGACAGACCCUGACAAGGACCAUUCCUUCUUCGUUGAUGAGUUUGACAACUUGUAUCAAUUCGUGUCCCGGAUUGUGCGCAACAUCUGUAAAGAAUUCAAUUCACAGCCACGUAACUGAGCAAGCCCUACCCCACACCCCCACCCCGGUUGGACAGUGAGACUAUAGUCGCUGUACAGCUGCUCAAUAUCUACUUACUGUUUAUAAGGCAAGCUUCAAUCUAUCCAUCUAUCCAGCAAAUGGGAGAGACUUUGUUCACUAAUUUUAGGUUUCCUUCUAGACACCAAACUUUUAGAGGAACAUAGAUGUGAAGUCUUAUUAAGUGUGUCCAUGUUUGGGCAGCUAUACCCAAUGCCCAUCCAGUUUCUGGCCAUGGUCCCAAAAUUCCUGGAGAGCCCCAACCCUUGUGGAGUGGAACUGUUGGCUGCCUUCGGUUUCACUCCCAGAAUGUGGGGAAUGGAAAUAAGUACAGCAAAAGUGGCCACAAGCAGCACCUCACCCCUAUCCAUGCUGGGCAGUUGGGGCAGCUCACAUUCCACCCCCUGGGUGAGGUUUGGUGGGGAGGGGGUAUUUCUGGAGGUGUCAAAAGGGCCCUCUAACCCUCAGUUGAAGCCUUUUGGGGGGCACAGGGGCAGAAUUGGUGGAUUAGCCUAGAAAACCACCCCACCACCCACAAAUUGCCCCUUUCUUCAUGUGGAAGGAGUAUUUAGAAGAUCCACCUACUAUCCUUCUCCACAAUCUCUGCCACUCAUGCCAGAAAAUGACUAAAACAGAUGCAGAGUGAGAUGGAAUCCUAGUGGAGCCGGGUCCUGCCUGAACAUUCCAGCUUGAGGCAGCCAAUGCAGAGUCUUGAACAAAUAAUCCAGGCUGACACUCCAGGGCAGCACUGUGGGAGUGCUGCCCUGUUGGAGUUGCCAUCUUCAGAUGAGAUGUUAAACCAAGAUUCUGCCUGACUCUUUCACGUGGAUGUAAAAGAUCCCAGGGCACUAUUUUGAAGAGCUAGGGAGUUAUCUCCAGUGUUCUGCCCGAUAUUUAUCCCUCAAUCAACAACACAAGAACAGAUUAACUGAUCAUUAUCCCAUUGCCAUUUGUGAGAGCUUGCUGUGCACAAAUUGGUUGUUGCAUUUCCUAAAUUACAACUGUGACACUCUUCAAAAGUACUUCAUUGACUGUAAAGUGCUAUGGGACAUCCUGAGGUUGGGAAAGGUGCCAAGUCUUUCUUUUGAUGCACCGUAAACCAAAUUAGAAUUUUGGGGCCUGAGAUCCUAGUACUCUGUGCACUCUUCCCCCAACAGAAAUUCAUCCAGUUCUUUUCUAAAACAUAAAUCUAUCUUGCCCUUCCUUUAAAAAAGUGUGCACAAUGUAUUUUGGGGGGAAAAAAAAAAAUCGAGAAAUUGAUUGAUUAGCACACUUAUCCAUUAAAUAGCAGGACCACCUGAGCCAGAAAGGUGCUUAUCCUCAAGCCUCAGUUUGUGCUGAGUUGCUGUCAUUUGCCUGGGUGGGCAGUCGAGGUGACAUAACUGGCCUUGUUCAAGGGAUAGGAUGAGAAAGCUUGAAUUCAGACAGCCCCUCAGCUCGAGCCAUGAUGUCCCACAUUGCUUUACAACCAAUGGGUUUAAUUUGCCCAAAGACAUAGGGUGGGAUUUUCUGGCCCCAACCACUGCUGAAAAUCGAUGGACUUUUGGCUGGGCUGCUGAAUCUCCCAUGGUGGGCCCCACCAUGACAGGGCUAGAAAAUCCAGGCCACAGUUUUUGCUUUGAGAGGCACAAUGAUUGAAAUAUGGGAUAUCCCAGGUUUAGAAUUCCAGAUGAGCUUUCUCACCACCACCUCCUCCGCGCCCCCACCCCCCCAACCGCGACCCUUUAUUCAGCAUAGGCACAAUGGGGUAAGUGGCCUCUUUCUGCGCUGCAGUGACUGUUAUGUAGACACACAGAACAAACCUCAUGAGCAGCAAACACGAAGGGUGCUCACUCGAUUUGCUUUUUGAUGAUGGUACCUGUGGGGAAAAAUCAACUGCAGUCCCCUCUCCAGAUCACCAUUCAUCAACCCUUCUGUUGGAUGUGGAUCUUAGAACAGGGCCAGGAUCAGGCUCAGCAAAGACCCCUGUGGCAUUCAACAGCAUGGCACCAUUAGCUGAAUUAGGCCCAUUUGGGGAGGUAUAAGAGGGUGACCGGCUUCCAUGGAACUUGGCAUUAUUUCCAGUAGAAAAAUUGGUACAGUAGGUCAGCGGCUGUAGUACUGAACUAGCAAGAAUGAGGUCAGGUGCACAAAUCCCACAAUUUUGUGAAACUGAAUUCAAUAAAAUCUGAUCACUGGUGGGGAGCAGCCAGGGACAGGAUGUUGGUAGUGGAGUGAUUGAGAACUGCCAAUUUUUUGUUGAAAACCUAUCCUCUUCACUAAUGUCUCCCAGGGAAAGGAACCAGUCUGGUCUCCAUGGGACUCUAGUCCUACACCACAUGGCUAACUCUUCAAAACCCUCAGAGCACCAAAGAAUGGGCAGCAAAUCCUGCCCAACCAGUUCAGCCACAUCACAAGGACAAAAUCACAGCAUCUUACCUCAUAAGUAUUGUUUAUUUUGGGGCAUAUUUAAGACACACCCAUUCAUAAUGGCAAACGUAGAGUUUUUUAGCUUAAAUAUUCAUUUGAAGCUGAAGUCUAAGAGCUAUUUUGUACGAUACAUGUACAGGUUUUUUUUCACUAAAACCAAACGCUUAUUAUCUGCAAAGUAACAGUCAAAGCCCAAUGCUUGAGAUAAGAUUCUGAAAGGACCUUCUCAGUGUCAUCAGGCUCUGGGCCUCAGUGUUUGUGAUUCCAUAUCCAAACAAAUAAAAGUUACAGAUAUUCAA